AUAAAUUGCGCUUUGGAUUUUAACCACUGGAAGACAAAUCAAGGAGUGGGUUGGUUGGAAGUGUUGUCGCGGACAACGCCCACGGAUGUGUCAGCGUGACCCUAAAGUUACUAUUUUGGGCUGAUAGAGAAAACACAAUAGUGCGCGGUGGGCUUUGCGUCAGGCGGCGCGCUCACUCACUCUGCGCAUUUCUGGACAGGUUCAGUCGUGAGCGCGGAAACGGCACAUCAAUGCCUCAACGAGGUAUCAAACUGAUUCUUCAGGUUAUUAUCACUCCUUGAGACCUACACGAGCACAUUCGCAUCAGAUUCUCUCUCUUCGACAUCCAGUUAGGAGCACAAACCUUUAUUGUCCACACCUGUACCAAGCCAAAGGGGCAGUUUUUGUGACCUCCAUUCUGCCCUGCUCUCCUUUCACACCUUUAAUUGUCAGGAUCACCACGGCACGGCACAACCAUGCCCAAAAGCAGUAAAGUGACUCAGCGCGAGCACAGUAAUGAGCAUGUCACAGAGUCUGUGGCCGACCUCCUGGCGCUGGAGGCUCCCAUGGACUACAAAAGUAGUCAGAUGAGCAUGAACAUGACAGGAGGGGGUCCUCCACCCAUAGGCAAGCCAGAUAUCUCCCCUGACUUAGAAGACGGACGCCCUGCCUGGAACAGUAAGCUACAGUACAUCCUAGCCCAGGUGGGCUUCUCAGUGGGCCUGGGUAACGUGUGGCGUUUCCCUUAUCUUUGCCAGAAGAAUGGAGGAGGUGCCUACCUUGUUCCAUACUUCAUCCUUCUUAUCCUUAUUGGCAUCCCACUCUUCUUCUUGGAGCUGGCGGUUGGACAGAGGAUCCGUCGAGGGAGCAUAGGAGUGUGGAAUUAUGUUUGUCCAAGACUCGGUGGCAUUGGAGUGUCCAGCCUAAUGGUGUGUGGUUUUGUGGGUCUGUACUAUAAUGUGAUUAUCGGCUGGAGCAUCUUCUACUUUUUUCAGUCGUUUCAGUAUCCUCUGCCCUGGAGCGAAUGUCCCAUCAGGAGGAAUGGUAGCCAAGCCAUUGUGGAGCCUGAGUGUGAGAAGAGCUCAGCAACCACGUACUUCUGGUACCGCGAGACCCUGAACAUCACCAGCACAAUCGCAGACAGCGGGGGUCUGAACUGGAGGAUGACUCUGUCGCUGCUGGGUGCCUGGAUAAUUGUCUGCCUGGCUGUAAUAAAGGGCAUUCAGUCUUCUGGGAAGGUGAUGUACUUCAGCUCUCUAUUUCCAUAUGGAGUGCUCUUUUGCUUCCUGGUGAGAGGGCUGUUCCUUAAAGGAGCAGUUGACGGCAUUGCUCACAUGUUCACACCAAAGCUGGAGAUCAUGUUGGAGCCGCAGGUGUGGCGUGAAGCUGCCACUCAAGUGUUCUUUGCUCUUGGUCUGGGUUUCGGUGGAGUCAUCGCUUUUUCCAGCUACAAUAAAAGAGACAACAACUGCCAUUUUGAUGCCGUGCUUGUCUCCGUUAUCAACUUCUUGACCUCUAUACUGGCCACACUCGUGGUGUUUGCAGUGCUGGGUUUCAAAGCCAACGUCAUGAACGAGAAAUGUGUGGUGGAGAAUGCUGAGAAGAUUCUGGGCUACUUGAACUCAAAUGUGCUGAGUCAGGAUCUCAUCCCGCCUCACGUGAACUUCUCCCACCUCACCGCCUCUGACUAUGCUGAGAUGUACGGAGUAAUAAAGAUUGUGAAAGAUGACAGUUUUGAACAGCUGGGGCUGGAGCCGUGUCUGCUGGAGGAUGAGCUCAAUAAGUCUGUUCAAGGCACCGGUCUGGCUUUUAUUGCCUUCACCGAGGCCAUGACCCAUUUCCCUGCUUCUCCCUUCUGGUCUGUCAUGUUUUUCUUCAUGUUGAUAAACCUGGGCCUGGGCAGCAUGAUUGGCACCAUGACUGGCAUCACCACACCCAUUCUGGAUACUUUCAAAAUUCGGAAAGAGUUCCUCACAGUGGGCUGCUGUAUUGUGGCUUUUUUGUGCGGCUUGCUGUUUGUCCAGCGUUCAGGGAACUACUUUGUUACCAUGUUUGAUGACUAUUCUGCUGGUCUUCCCCUCACCAUUGUGGUGAUCCUGGAGAAUGUAUCAGUAGCCUGGAUCUAUGGCACCAAGAGGUUCAUGCAGGAUCUGGAGGACAUGCUGGGUUUCAGACCGUACCCUGUUUACUUCUACCUGUGGAAGUAUGUGUCUCCAGUGUGUCUAAUCAUACUGAUUUCUGCCACUGUGGUAGAGAUGGCCAUCAGCCCUCCGGGAUACAAUGCAUGGGUGCAAGACCUGGCCACGGAGAGGUUUCAGAGUUAUCCUCCUUGGGCACUAGCCAUGUGUUUUGCUCUGAUCGUUGCAGCCAUGCUUCCUCUUCCAUUGGUCUUUAUUGCCCGUCACUUCAACUGGAUCCCAGACGGCUCCAACAAGCUGUCCGUCUCCUACCGCAAGAGCCUGGCAAAGGAGGCUUCCACCCUGGAAGAUGAGACAAGGUUCAUCCUGGGGAAGAACCCCAGCGAAGCCCCGUCUCCCAUGCCCAGCCACAGGGCCUAUCUGGGCCCCGGGAGCACCUCUCCUGUGGAGCUCAUCACCAACUCUACCUCCAUCAGCGGCUAUGGCAGCGGUUAUCAGACCAACCCCGCCCCUCCCAAAUCUGAGUCAUGAUCCUCCAACCCACCGACCAGAGACUGAGACAGAAAGAGAAAGAAGAUGCUGAACAGAUGAGAAGGUCCUAGUGUUGGUCACACCUUAACCCAAGCCAUCCAAAAGAGCAGGACGACAAGAAAACAGACAGAGAGACAGAGAUCCUUCCUAGACAGGUUCCCCUGGGCCCAAUUAUUCAUACGGACUACAGAUGUUGGUCUGAAGGUGAAAGACAGCCUGAAGCUUUCAGAUCAAAAUGUAAGGUGGCUUAUUUGGUGAGUUGGUAAGUUAUUUUUUGCAUACAGUUAAAUAUGUCAACUCUAAGACGGUUCAAACAUUCAAGCUUCAGGUUUGGUCUCUGUCACUGAGCUAAGGUGAUAGUUGUCGCUUAAGGUUAAGGUGUUACCAAUGCUGCUGAAAUCCAGACAUCUUACAAAAUGAGCAAGAUAUGAGAUGCCAUGCAAAGAAUUUCAUUUAAACUCAUCUUUAGAGCUCAUAAAGGGACACGACUCAGAGGGUCUCCGAAAAACUAAAGCUUUCACUUCUUAUAAUGAGCCCUCUAGUGGAUAUUAUGUAAGAGUCACUGUUAAAUACAGACCACCUGAGAGUAGAGUGAAUUGAUUGCUUGAUUUCUGUUACCAACUGAAGUACAUCUUCAUUUAAUAAGUGUUCUUGGUUAUAGACUUUGCACAUUAACAGUCUGUCAUGUCCACAUCUCAGCACAAGAGGGCGACAUAUGUAUUCAUACACAAAGCACAUAUGUAUGUAGUCUUCAGUGCAGUAUCAAAUAUAUACAGUAUAAGUGUCAGGUUCAGGAUGUUUUUGCAAAUGGAUUUAAGAUUCAUUUUUGGAAAGUUUUACCUAGACGUUUUUAUUUUUUAUAAUCAAAACAAUGUGACUGCCUGAUGAGAGGUGAAUUCCACACAGCACAAUAAAUGACAUUUUCAGGAUGCAAUAAGGGGUGCCGUUUGAGCCAAGUAAACUCCACCAAGCACAAUUUAAUAAAUUACACAUGAAUUAAAUGGGAACAAAUAUUUUUUAAUUUCCAUUUCAGCAGUGGCAGUAAUAGUAAUGAAAUGAGUGGCAUUACGUGCCAUUGUGAGGUUUACUUUGAAGCCCAGUUCUAAACCUGUAGAGAAAUCUGCAUUUGCUGUGCUAUUAACUUGUUUUUAUACUUAAAGUAUAAAGUCAUCAUGCUUGGAGGAGAUUAAACUAUUUUAGGCCUAUAUAAUUAUUUAAAGUGAAAUUUAUAAUGAAGACAGUAAGCUCCAAAUAGGGAAUGGUACUGGAAUCUAGGCCUAUGUUUUUCAAUUUCAAGCCACAAAACAUGUAAAUGGUUAAAUGGUGUUUGCUUAGGCUUUACAAAUGCCAAUGUCAGAUUAUUUACUGUAGUGCACAGAGAAGCAUUUGGCCCUUGUUCAACACUGCCUGUUUUCAAACUUGCUGUUCUGGGGCCAGAUUACAGACACCUAUUCUCGUCAGGGUCACUAAACAGAUUGAAGAGUUGGGAUUUUUCUGUAAUAUGGCUGAUCUCUGGAAUUUGUGUAAAAUAUAUUAUGAGGUCAUUUGUGUGGAUCUGAUAUUUAAGACUUUUUUGGAGGAGGGAGAAACAAUUCAGCAAUUUUCAAAAUGCUACACAAAUGACCUCUUAAUUUCAAGCACUGCUAAGAUUAUUAUUUAAUUAAUAAAUAGUUAUAUAUAAACACACACACACUAUCAAUCAAAAGUUUGUGGUUAGUAAUAUUUUUUAAGAAGGGAAUUCUUUUAUUUAGCAAGGAUUCAUUAAAAUAGAUUGUAAAAUUUUAUAUUUUACAGCAUUACUGUUUUUUUUUCUUGCAUUUGUUAAAUAAUGAUGCAUUGGUAAGCAUUGGAGACUUUCAAAAACAUAAAAAAAAUUCUGACCCCAAACUUUUAAACGAUAGCUUGUGUGAUUAUAUAUAUAUAUCGUUUUUUUCUUUAAAAAUAUAUUACGCAAAGAAAAAUGUUGUAUGGACAAGAAAAAGAUUGCUGUAAAUCAACCUGAUGUGGAAAAGCAGUUGAGUGUCUUUAUAAGGUAACACAUAUUGAGCUGGAAAAAAGAGGACCAGUUUUCUUGAGGAACCAAAGUAUAGUAAUGUAGUAAAGUAAUGUGUAGUCCCUUUGUAUGUAGUGUGGAGUGAAUACUGUGAAGACUGCCUAAUGUGAUUGAGAACUGCUGCCGUUAAAAGCUCACUGCCUAAUAAUCUGCAAGGCUAAACAUACUCUCCGUUUUAGUUUGAUUUAUGUGCUCAUUACGGAUACACUAGUUCUAAUGAAUGGGGUUCGUUUUCAGUAUUUAUUCCAGUAAGAAUAGAUUCAGGAAGCUGAAGAGGGCUGGAGAGCUGAGGGGAAAGUGUGAAGGAGUGUGGGACAAGAGUUGUGGGUCUUAUUGAAACCCUGAUGAGUACAACAGCAAAGCUUUUGAUCAUCCAGCUGCUUGUAGCUUUUGAGUCUGUCAUAAAGGCUGCUGAGGUAAAAAUAGACACGGACUAGGCUGGUUACCCAUGGGAACCUGUGUCAGAAACAGCACGGCUGCAUGUUAAUGAGUCCUGUGUGUGUGUGUGUGUGUGUGUGUGUGUGUGUGUGUGUGUGUUUGUGUGUUGAGGAGGGGUUUCAAGAUGUUCCUGUAAGGCCCUUGUUGUAUCCCUAGCAACCACUGCAUUUCACAACAACAAUGGGAAAAUCAUUUAAAGGGACAACUCACCUAAAACAAUUAUUUCAUUCUGUCAUCAUUUACUUGUUGUUCCAAACCCAUAUGACUCCCUUGCUUCCAUGGGCAUAAAAUAUGAAUUUAUUUAAUAAUAUAUUGGUUGCUUUUUUUCUAACCAAUGAAAGUUAACAGGGACUGGGACUGUCGAGCUUUAAAAAAGACAAGAAACAUCGUAAAAAUAGUCCAUAUAUCUGCUCUAGCCAUAUUAUAGCUUCGUGAAAGAAAUUUAAGUAAUUCACUGACAAUUUUCGCCUCCAUUGUAGUGCAUCAUUCAAAUGUGUUGUUUUGGAGCUUGACAGCACCAGUCCCCAUUCACUUUAAUUGUUAAUUUUGAUUUUUCCAUACAUUUUUGAAACAUCUCCUUUUGUGUUUCUCAUUCGUUUUCAUUUUUGGAUGGGCUUUGGAAGAGCCCACACUUUGCCUGCACUAAGAUGGAGUGCGUCGCUAUUUACUGAAAGAAAUUUAGGCGGUAAGAAAUAUGUGAAGCCAUCCCUCUAGAGUUUGCCCUUAUCACACAGUCAGAUGGGAUUUCGAAACAGCAAAUUGAUUCAUAAAUCAGGACAGAUUUUAAAAUUUUACAUGCACAAUUUGUUUGUUGUAGUGUGUAGUUGUCCAGCGUGUGGUAAAGUACAAUAAUGUUAAUGUUGCUCCUGCAAUAGCACAAUAUUGUCCACAAGGUGUCGCUGUGUGCCGUUGAUUAGUGUGUUGAAGGUGUGUCUCUGUGCCCAGCCUCAUCCUCCAGCCCCGCCACUGAGCACAGCUGGUGUCUCUCAUUAUCGCUUAUACUCUGAUGGUUAGUGUGAAACAUAUAUUGUUUGUUUUGUUGUUUGCUUGUGGCAGUUUUGGGUUUGUGCACUUUACCUUCUCUAGACAAGAGGCCCCAGAGCUGCAUCUCACAAGCACAAAACGACACUAGGAUUGUUUAAACUACACUGACAAACAGAUGCAACUUCAAUUGGUGUAUUGCCAGUCAAGCAAAAUUUGAACUCGUGACCCCUCACACUGAAAUAAUAAUAUUUUUUUAAAAUCCACUGAGUCACAACAGAUCAUAUUCAGACUGAAAUCCAAAAAUUGUUCCUAGUUUUAAAACAG